CAGCCCCGGAGGUUUCCAGCCGUGCCUCUCGACUUCCACAAUGGAUGAGACCUCAGAUGAACCUCCCAAUUCUGCCAUCCUCUUAGACAACUUCCACUUCUCCCAGGUUGUCUUUAACAAUGUGGAGAAGUUUUAUGUUCCCGGAGGAGACGUAACCUGUUGUUAUACCCUCACGCAGAACAUCGCUCCUCGCAGGAAGGACUGGGUGGGCAUCUUCCGGGUGGGAUGGAAAACAACCCGGGAAUAUUACACGUUCAUGUGGGCUCCUCUGCCCAGUGACGCCCACAGUGAUACCGCUGUGCAGCAACAGAUCCAGUUCAAAGCUUACUACCUACCGAAAGAUGACGAAUACUACCAGUUCUGCUACAUUGACCAGGAUGGCAUGAUCCGGGGAGCCAGUGUGCCUUUCCAGUUCAGAGCAGAGACUGAGGAUGAUAUCCUGGUAGUUACCACACAGGGAGAAGUGGAAGAGAUUGAACUACAAAACAAAAAUUUGCAUAAAGAAAAUGAGGAGCUGAAAGCAAGCUGUGCAAGUCUCCAGAAACAAAACUCUGAUCUGCAGGAAGAGCUCAACAAGACACAGGAGCUGCAGAAUAGUUUAGAGUCUCUAAGGAGCAACACAGAGAAACUGGAGCUGGAGCUGAACUCCCUGAAAAAGGAAAAUAAACAUCUAAAGGAGCUGGAUGACUGCAGAGAGGCAGAACUGCACCAACUCAAAGAGCAAAUUCAGAAUGUGACCUUUGCCAAGGAACACCUGGAGACCAGACUGAAAAGAGCCCUGGAUCACAUGGACCAGCUGCAGUCUGAAGUGUUGAAUUACAAGAAACAAGUGGAAAACCUGUCUCAUAUAGACCACGACAAGACAGAGCAGCUUGAAAGUUUAAAGGAAGAGAAUCACCAGUUACGCAUGACUAGAACUGCACAGAAAGAAAAAAAUAAGGAGCUUGAACAUUCCAUGGAAAACUUGAAGGGGACGAAGGCCAAACUCUCACUUUGUCUGUCCCACUGUCUGCAGAAUAAGCAGCAACAAAACCACGACUUAAUGAAAGAACUUGAGAAGCAGAAGCGUUCAUUUCGGAUUCUGCAGGCAAGAAAGAAUGAAGCUGAUGAGAAAAAUCAGGAACUAAGGAAAGAGAAUGACAGACUCCUGAGGCAUCUCUCGCAGACUAGAGAGGUUUCUCCCUUCUCCGUUGUUUCACAAGCUCAAGCUCCAAUUUCAGCUCCUGAAGUAGGAGGCCUUCUGUUUGGAAAUCCAUAUUGUGUUGCAGGAGCAAACCUGAGGGCAGGAGCUGCAGACGUAGCUUCUAUAAGGAAAUGCCCCGUGUGCAAUGAAGUAUUUCCUGAAGAUACUGAAAUUAAGUCAGUAUGAGGCUCAUCUGUAGAGCCAUCUUCUGGAGUGCCCACUCUGCAGUGAGACCUUUGAAAAGUCCAAUUAGCAGCUGUUUGAUGACCAUAUUUUUUGUCACGGCCUGGAAUAAUUCUGAAUUCCUAUCUGCUCUGUAGAAUAGGUGGCAGAGGCCACAGUAUAGAAUAGACCAAAAUCCCUGUAUAGGCUUGAUUCAUGCUAAUAAGAUCACCCAGACAAGACUGACUAUGCCACUAGUACUGUAAUUCUGACCUUUCUGUUCGUGCAGCACAUGACCUACACAGAAAUCUGGUCAGACAUCCACACCCUCAAACUGAAUCGCCAUCACCAAACUUAAGUCCUCUGUCUUGGAUCAAGUAUAUAUGCUUCUUAAAUGAGUUACAAAUCCCAUAACUAGUAAUUUAGUUGAAUGUGGUACCAGUUCUUUAGAACAGGAUUGGCCAUGUAACUGUUCAUCCAGGUAGGGAUCCAAGUGAUGGGAUGUAGUACAGCAGUUUUCUGUACUUGGCUGAUACAUCUCUAUUACAAUGGGUUUAUUCUUUAACAUAGCACUGUGAUUGCUAACCAAAGACCAGAAACAUUCUGUCAUCUUUCAGGAUCACACCUUCAGUCCUCCUCAGCUUCUAGAAUGCAGAAUUAAUUAUUAAUAAGUAAAAAAGUCUAAAUAAAAAUGUAUCUCUUCUUUCACCAUCAGUCGUAAAGCAAGUGAAAGAGACAUAUUUAUAAGGUGACCGAAUAUCUGUUUGCAGAUCUGAAGGUCUAGGGCCGUCCUUCCAGCAAAGCAGGCAGCACGGCUUAUUCUAGGGUGAGGCACGUGCGCUGUUUUCUCCAUCUGUCUCAGGAUGAGGAAAACCUGAAAUCUCUGAAACAGAGAAGGUGGGUACAGCGUGGAGCCCGUAGAAAAGCAGUAGCUGAGUUGUCUUGGCAGCACAGAGGAUAAAUGGUCUCUCAGUCAGAAACUGGGCGUCCUCAUUUAAAGGAAAUGAUGACUUUGGAUUAUUUCCCUUUUAUGUUUCUAAACCUUCUUGAUUUAACAAGAAGAGCCUGUUCUCAAACCAAAACACUGUGAUUCAAAACUAAGUGCCUUGAGAUAUUACAAUGCUUUGUGCACAGAUUAUCCAGUUACUAUUUUUAUUUCUGCUUCGGGAUUUUCAAUUUAUGAUUAACAGCUCUUUUUUCCAUGCAAACACAAAUGGGUAAAGGUUUAUUAUCCAGCUGUAUUAGACUGUGUUUCCUGCUGAAUAUCUGAAGUAAUAGAAAAUCCUAAGAAGCUUACAUAGAAUUUUAAGAAUAUUUAGAGUAACAAAGACUUCACAAUGUUUUAGUGUUUUGGUUCUACACAAACUUUUUAUCAAUCUAGGUCUAAAUAGAGUAUUUCUGUCUUGAGAUGUACUAUACUGGUAAGCAUUAUUUAAAAAAACCUGUAAAAGAAAAUAACAGCAAACAAAAAUAAAAGCUAU